AGUUCCCCGUCCCCCCCUGCCCCGGGGCAUUGUGUGUACUUUCCCAUGUCAUUUCGAUUUCUUUCCGUUGUAUGUCAAAGUUUUCUUUCAAGCGAAUAGAAACAAACUUUUUUUCCGCUCUAUGUGUACGCCGCCCGACCAAUACCAAUCGCUUUUUUACCGACAAACCUCUUCCAUACCCGUUAUUUCCUUGAAGCGUCUCACUGAAAAAGAAAAUCAAAAUUCGGUUUCUGUGACAUUGCCAUAGAUUUAGCGACUAAAUUAGCACUAUGUCGGGGCGAGACCAGUAUUUGAUGCCUGCGGGCGCCAAAGAGGCGCAUGAGUACGACCGCGAUGGGCAAAAUUUCACGGCGGCGCUGGGCCUCCAGAACAAGCUCCGGGAUCGCGACAAGAAAGUGCUGGAGACCAUGGGCUUCGAAGUCAAGGGCGACGAUGGCAAGAAGGGGAAGGGCAAGGGCAAAGGCAAGAAGGGGAAGGGAGAGGACAAAGGGAGCCGCAUCCCAGGCGAGCAGAAAAUGGUACAGCACCAGAUAAACCCGGAGAUACGGCGAGAUUUGCGCGAAGAAAUGGAAAAGCCAAAGGAUUUGGACCAAAUGGACGCCGGGGAAGGUACUGCUUGAUUUUUUGUUAACAGGACAUUUAGCAUCAAACGCAAUUUAGAUGAUUCCAUGAGUUUUUUUUCAGCAUGGUCAGCUUGUUGUGUAGUACAAAGUUGAAUCUUCUGGAUCGGUGUGCUUGUUGACGUCAUCACUGUGAUAUCUGCAACACAAUUCCACUUUUCAGGUGUCCGACAGCGCAAGGAGGUAAACAUGAAGAUGCAACGCACGGAGCGCGGACUGUGGAUUCCGAAAAGGCAGUUAAAAACAACCGUGGAGGAGGAGACGGGGAAGUCGAUGCUGGUGAACGAGAUCAGGGAUGACGUGACACGCGCAGACUGGCAGUGCACGGGCUGCGGCACGCUGAACAGCCGGCUGCGCAAGCACUGCACGCGGUGCGGGGCGAGCUAUUCCAAGUUGCAGGAGCUGCUGCACGUGGACGCCAAGCUGCAACUGAAGGAUCGACUGGAGAAGACCGGCAGUAACUACCGCCUCGACUUCGCGCAGGGCAAGGUGAAUCGCGUGCCCACGGGCUGGCAGUGCGGCGGAUGCAAGCUGAUUAACCGAGUGAAUUUGUCAAGAUGUCUGCAGUGCGGGGAGAGCAAAAUGAUGGGCGAAGCCGUCUACCAGGACCUGUACAAGUACAACACAUCCAUUACGAUGGGGAAGGGCGGCGCCGGGCCGUCGACCGGACCCACAAUGGAGUUUCAGGCGCCGGGCACCUUCGAGGAUCAUGCAAAGAAGCCCACAGAGGAGAAGAAGCCUGCGACCGGCAGUACUACCGCAGCGAAAACCACUGCUCAAGACAAAGACGUCGUCGAGAAAAAGGGGGCAGAAGCCGCGAAGAGCAAGGCCGGGCCAGAGACGAAGCCUGUGGAAGACCCGUGGUUCGAGCAGUUGAGGCUAGCGAACGAAGCUUUGCUGGCAGAAAAGGAGCGUGAAAAGGAGAAGCAGCAAGAGAAGGAAAGGGAAAAACAGAAAAACGACAAGCGACAACGCUCGCGGUCGCGGUCGCGGUCACGGUCGCGUAACCGCGAUCCUCCGGACGAGGAGGAGGACGAGAACGAACUCGCUGAAGGGUUCUUUUAGCGCUUAUCGGACCUCCAGCAGAUUUUCUGCUGCAUACUAUACGAAUAGGCUCGCUCUCUUUCUCACAUCGCCUUCUAUGGCAUCAAAACUGCCUCGAUGCGGC